AUGGCAGCUGCUUCCAAAAUCACCUUUGCCGAGACGGCUGUGCCAGGUAUUGUCCGCAUUCCCGGCCGGAGUUCGCGAAGUUUGGGUCCUUGGGGUCACAUGUGCCUUCUCGAGGAUGGCAAGGUGAUUCUGGUGGAUGUGCCGUAUUACUCGCCGGACCUGGCCGCGGAGGUGCGCAGGCAAGGCCCGGGUGGCCUCUCGCACAUCCUGCUCACGCACGAUGACUUUGUUGGCCUGAGUGACCAUGGAACCUGGAAGAGGAACUUUCCGGAAGUUGUCCGCGUGGCGCACGUCGCUGACUGCAAGUACGAUGACCUCGAGAUGAAACUGUCCGGAAAUGGGCCCUGGGAUUUGGGAGUUGCGGGCCUGACAGCCUACCACGCCCCCGGGCACUCGGAGGGUUCCGUCUUCUAUGCCAGCUCGAAGCUCUCUGCCUUGUUCACCGGGGACAGCCUCGGCUUCUGGUCAGCACCCACGGGCUUCCCGCGCUUUGCUCGCUUCGGCCGGGCCCGGCAAGCCGCCUCCUUGCGGGGCUUCGCCCGGCAGGCGCCGUUUCUGCCGGCUGUGCUGCCGAGCCACGGCGACCCCAUGUAUUUCGAGAACGCGCAGCAGCGUGAAGAAGCUUUCAACCGAGCUGCUUCCGAGUUGGAGGGUUCUUGGCGGUGA